AUGUCGAUUUCCUCAACUUUCUCUGUGGCCUGUAAAAGAGCUCUGAGACUACACCUCAGCACACACUCACCACAUCAGCAGCAGGAGGACAGGUUCCUGAUAGUUUCUGUAGAGAAGAUGAAUGGAGAAGACAUAGCUCUGAAUAAGGCAGGAGACAUAGAGGCACAGAAAGGCAAAACGCAUCGCCCAAUGAACCUAAAUCACUAUGCCACUAAGAAGAGUGCGGCUCAGAGCAUGUUGGACGUUGCCUUGCUGAUGGCCAACUCGUCCCAGCUGAAGACCGUUCUCUAUGUGGGGUCUCGUUACCGAUUCUACAUCCCUCUCAUUGUCCUGCUGUCUCUGUCCAUCACGUUACAGGUCAUAGUGGGGCUGCUGCUCGUCUUUAUAGUGAAGUAUGAUCUAAACGAUGUCCGGAAACACGCCAAGUUGAACAGGAUGAACAACGUAGCGACAGUGAUGGUCUUCUUCACCGUCCUGGUCAACAUCUUCAUCACAGCGCUGGGCUUUGAGGGACAUGCUCUCGGGUCAUCAGCAUCACCUAUGGUGGCAAUACCAGAGCCUAAGCUUGUGAUCCAUCCCAUGGACCUUAACGUCACUGGUGGCAUGUAGCCCAGUCUCGCACCAAAAUGAGACAUUUCCUUGUUUACCUGAUUUUGCAAAGCCUUGAAAUUCAAUGGAUCUAACAUUAGAUUAGUGGUGAGCAUCUUCUGUGGAUGCAAAGUGAUGGACCGGAUGACUAAGACCCUGUUUCCAUCUAGCAGUAACAUGUGGUCUGAGUGAUCCGAACACAAGUGGACAGCUCUAAAUACAGGUGAAAACACUGUCAGGAUGCAUUGGAUGUCAAAAAACAUGUUGGGAGGUGUUUCAGGCCACAUGAAUCCACAUUCAGAUAUUAGUGAGAACGGGUAUGUGACUCUUGUCCACAUUAGUGACUCCCUACUCACCUGCUGUCCCCUGCCCCAUUAGAAGUAUGUACUCAUUUGCGAGACAAUUGUGUCAUAAAAGCGAGUAGUU